UAAAUGACGCUUGAUAUCCGUUUCCACCAUCAUCAAUACAAUACAAAUAAUCUUUGUCCGGUGGUCCGAGAGUGUACACGUGUUCGCAGGGCCUUUGUUCGUUAUAGAACCACCUAUUUUUAAUAAAGUAAUUCUGUCUCGACAGCAAAACGCAUUUUCUGGAAUUCCAUCUUACUGAUACUAAAUAGUGUUGCGAUUAUAUAUUCUAUAGUCCAUAUUCUGAACAUAUUUUUAUCAAUAAAAGUGUCUUAAACGUGGUUUCUCAACCAAUAAGUGGUUUCUAAGCUAUUUUUAGAGGUAUUUUUUAUUAAUAAAAGUGAGUUGAGAAUAUGAGUUAGCUUGUAACCAAUUUUGAGAGAGUGAGUAUAUAAUACAAAUAUAGAAUCAGGCUAAAAGAAUAGCAUAUACGUAGCGACAAUGAAUACUAAGGAAAAGGAGAAGUACAUCGAGGAAUUCGAUUUUCCAUUUUGCGAUGAGUCCUUGAAAUACGAGAAAGUUGCCAAAAUUGGCCAGGGAACUUUUGGAGAAGUGUUUAAAGCCAGAGACAAGAAGAAUAACAAGAAGUUUGUUGCAAUGAAGAAAGUACUGAUGGAAAAUGAGAAAGAAGGAUUCCCUAUUACAGCAUUACGAGAGAUAAAGAUAUUACAAUUGCUAAAGCAUGAAAACGUCGUAAAUCUUAUAGAGAUUUGUAGAACACGAGCUACUCAGUAUAAUCGUUAUCGCUCAACUUUCUAUCUGAUAUUUGAUUUUUGUGAACACGAUUUGGCUGGCUUGUUGUCAAAUGUAAAUGUAAAAUUUAGUCUGGGAGAGAUCAAGAAAGUUAUGCAACAACUAUUAAAUGGCCUUUAUUAUAUUCAUAGCAAUAAGAUUUUGCAUAGAGAUAUGAAGGCUGCUAAUGUUUUAAUAACAAAAAAUGGCGUACUAAAGUUAGCUGAUUUUGGUCUAGCAAGAGCAUUCAGUACGAAAAAUGGUCAUUCUAACCGUUAUACGAAUAGAGUUGUUACUCUCUGGUAUCGACCGCCAGAACUCCUGCUCGGUGAUAGAAAUUACGGACCGCCUGUAGAUUUAUGGGGUGCGGGUUGCAUCAUGGCCGAAAUGUGGACUAGAUCACCAAUAAUGCAGGGAAAUACCGAGCAACAACAGAUUAUAUUGAUUUCGCAAUUAUGCGGCUCGAUAACGCCCGAGGUAUGGCCUGGUGUUGAAAAUUUAGAACUGUUUCUUAAAAUGGAUCUUCCUAAGGGACAGAAAAGGAAGGUCAAGGAUAGAUUAAAACCGUACUUGAAGGAUCCGUCCGCUUGCGAUUUGUUGGACAAACUUCUAAUCCUCGAUCCUAAUAAGAGGUGUGACUCAGAUUCAGCAUUAAAUCAUGAUUUCUUCUGGAAUGACCCGAUGCCGUGCGAUCUUAGCAAGAUGCUAGCGCAACAUACUCAGAGUAUGUUCGAAUACCUGGCGCCUCCAAGACGACCCGGUCACAUGCGUCACCCGCAUCAUCAAGUACCUGGCGGAGCAACCAAGCCUACUACUAGUACUGCUACUACUACUAUGGCAGAAAGUGGGUAUCAAGAUCGUGUCUUCUAGCAUAUUUUAUUUCAAUGUGCGUAACGCAUUUGCAUUGACUUGCAUUUUCGUUAUUUAUGUCUACUAAUGGAAUCUUCAACUAUAAUCUCAUGCUAAGAAAUCAAUUCUAUUUAGCUCAUUUUACUCGUUAGAUUAAGCUUAGAAAAAUGUUUAGAAAAAAAAAGAAACGUUACCAUUUGACUUUUUUUUCUCUCAUAUUCGUUAAGCCUAAAAUAUUAUAUUUUAGUCAACUUUAGAAAUCACUGAAAACAGGCCAAUAAGAACCAAGCGCGAUUGUCGAUGCGAAUAUAUUUAUUGGAUUUAUGUCGAAGGAUAAACAAUUAUACUGUUAUAUAAAUCUAAUAAAUGUAUUCGCACUUGGUUCUUAUUAUUAUUGGUUAUUAUUGAUCUAUCGAUGUUUUCAAUAAUUUUUAUAGUAUCUCUUAGAAUUCUAAUUUUUUUCAUGAGUAUUAGAAAUUUACUUUAAAAACGUAUAUAAAACUUAUCGAAAUCAGGCAGAGAUAAUUUUGUGUCUUACCUCUAUUUUCAUGUACUUUGUGUAGAUUAAAAAAUUUAUAUGGGACAAAAGGCAGGAAAUUUGUUGGUACCUGUUAUACUUAUAUAGUUCAAAUUCAACUAUAUGAUAAUUUUCUUAUACAUGCAAGAAAAAAUAAUCUAAGAGGCAAUUGGACGAUCUUUAAUGACUUUUUAGAUGUUGUGUCAUUACCAUAACAUUGACAGCUUCAAUGUAAUUAUCAAAUAUUUUAUAUUUGAAAUAUUUUUCCAUUGUAAUCACAAACCAGUGGAUUAAGAAAUAAAUCACCGCCGUGUUGUCACUCAUUGUUCAUUUUAAUAAUUGGAACAAAUGAAAGGAAAGCUCUAGCUAAAAGCUAUUGCGCAAUUGUGAGACUACAAAUUUAUUUCUAACAAACUUCCCAAACACAAAAAUAAAUUUUGAGCAAAAGACAUAUUUGUAAAUAAACAUUUAUUGAUAACAAAUUUUCGUUAUCGUACGCAAAUUUUGCUGACUUGUCCUAUCACGAUGUAAUAUAAUUUUGCAUUUUAUUAAUUUUUUAAAUAUAUAUAAUCCUUUAAAAAUGAGUACGAACGUGGUAUAGCGGACAGCGCACUGAUCUGCUAUAUUAGAAGUCCCGGGUUCACCUCCCGAUAGAACCAAAAUAUUUUUAUGCGCUCGUGUCUCUUUAACGAUGAACUGGCAAACCAUCGAGAAUAUCUUUGCCAGGAAAACUCUACUCAAACUGCCGUUCGGAAUCAGCGUUAAACCGUAGAUCCCAUAUACUUUUGUAUAAUCUAUUAGGGGGACCGGAAAGUAAUGUCGCUUUCUUAAGUUAAAUUCUCACGACUACAUUUUUAACAAGUUUUUAUUUCUAAUCAACAAUAUAUUCACCUUCGUUAUCAACAACCUUUUGCCAUCUAG